AACAUGGCGCUCCUCUCCUUCCCGCUCGGCUCGGUUCGGCCCGGCCCGGCCCGGCCUCUGCGGCGCCGGUGCGAACGUUGCAUGAAAACGCUUCUCGGCAAGUUGCACAAGCGGGUCACAAACGUCAAAUCGCGUCGCCGGUUUGUGGUGCUUUACAGCUCGUCGCGUCGCGGCGCCGCGCGCAUGACGACGCCUGCGCGGCGGAAGUGCUUCGUCGUCGUCGUCGUCGUAGCGGCGGCGGACAGCCAAGAGGCAAAAGUCGAGCGUGGAGGAGAGAAGGAAAGAAAAAGAAAAAGAAAAAAACAAAGCAGCAGAUGCACGACAAAUAAACAUGGCGAGUCUUCGCUGAGGGCACAAGGUUCGCAUCCGCACGCCGACCGAGCUCGCUUCUCGUAGCGGGACGCGGAAGCCGGCGGACGGGUGAAACAUCUUCAACGAACCUCGAUGCGACCUUUGCGGAUGACAGCGGCGGCCGUGACCUGGCUGAUGAACAAUCUACGCACGUUGGAAAGAUGGCCUUUUUUUGGAACAUUUUUGUGUGAUAGCGCCUAUUGAAAAUCUGGUCAAAAAACACCUUCACCUUCGAGAACUUGAUCAUUUCUCAACAUAUCUCCUCAAGCCUUUGGUUUUGGUCUGCUACACGGGGAAGCCCUUCUCCGAUUGGCUACCAAGUUUCAGUUCAAAAACGGUCGGAAACUCUUAGGGAGAAAUUCUCCAAGUGUGUGCGUCCAAAAAAAACGUGAUGGUUUAAACGGCCCGAAAAACUCUAGCUAAAUAGGCCAAAUGGAAAAGUGGAAUAGCUCGUGUACGUCGUCAGUCAGUCAUUGGUUUCCUGAAUUAAUUUCUUCUGGAGGAUUUUAGAGGCCUUUGAUGUAUUCAUUCCACGUGUUUUUUUUUUUUUAUACAUCAAUUCCACCAAGAUGGCAGCUACUUGUCACGUUGCUACAUAUAGUUGAAAGGAAAAAUAGUUUGGAACACUACUUAGGCGCCAUUAAUGACGUCACAACUUGCCAGAUCAACGUCGGCUGGUUGAGCUUCCCAAAUACUGCUAACGGCUCACCGGCCACCUGCAAGGGGCGUGGCCCGAUUGGCCGUCGGGCAGAUGAUGUCCGCCGGCGGCGCUCUCGACUGUUGAGCAAAGACUCUCCCGUGCCAAAGCCCCUCCCGCGAGUCCCAAUGGUUACCGGCGGUCGCACCGUGGCGACUCCCGCCUGAAAACUGGCGCCAGAGUACUAUGGCAAUGCAUGAUAUGAGUCGUGCCAAGGGUUUCCCCUGUAAAGAAUGUGAUAUGGUCUGCCCCAGUACUCCAAGUCUUCUAGAACAUAUGAAAGCACAUUACCAGCAAGGAGAGAGUGCACGUUUUGAAUGCGAACAGUGUGGACGGAUUUACAAGCACGCAGCUAGCUUGGCCAACCAUAAAAAGUCUCACGAAGUGGGCUCCUUCCAGUGUCCCGUCUGUACCCGCACCCUGCCCAACGCGGUGGCCCUCAAGAAUCACCUUCGCAUACACACCUUGUCCCCAAGUAGCGCUCACGCCGAAGAAGAGAGCGAGGAGGUACCCGAGGAAGGAGCUCCUCACGAAAGGGACUACGCCCUGAGCCAGGACCUCUCGGACAGCUUCGGGCGCUCUCACUUGAACAACAGCGCCCUGCAGGGCCACGAAGGUACCAAAAGUUCCCCCGAGUCGGACGACGCCUGGGACCGACCUUUCAAGUGCGACCAGUGCGACAGAACCUACCGGCACCACGGCAGCUUGGUAAAUCAUAAGAAGUGUCACCAGCAAGGAAGCUUCAAGUGCUCUGUGUGCUUUAAACAAUUUAGCAACCUGGCUGCCCUCAACAGCCACGAGAGAACUCACUCCAAGUUUAAGAGCCCCGCAGCGUCCAUGGUGAGCAGCAGUAGCGGCGGCGGCGGCGGCGGCGGCUCUCAGGCCGCCCAGAGCGACAACGCCAACGCCUGCUUCUGCCACCUAUGCCAGAUUGCGCUUCCCACCAAGGCCGACUUCCAGGAGCACAUCCUCCUGCACGACACCGCCUCGCCGUCCCUCGGACUGUCCCGGAGCUUUCCCGGCAUUAUGCCUCACAAUCUGAGUGCGGUUCGAUCUCCGGCGUACACCCCGGCUCUCGGGGACCCUCUUCCCCUGCCGCCUUUGCCCGGUGACAAAAGAGGUCCCUACGACCCCAUAAUGGGCCCUCCCGUCAACAAUCCCAUAUACACGUGCGCGUACUGCGGUGCGGGACAUCCUGACCUGGAGACCCUUAAAGUACACUACCUGACCCACGACCCCAACCCCGCCUCCCAUGGCCAGGACAGCUCCGUUCUCAACUCAGAAACACUUAGCGCCGCUUCUCAGGGCUCGGUGUCAUCUUCUUCCGGAGACCACGUGGAGCAGUCCGGUUCCCCGGAGGACGGCGAGCGGCGCUUCAAGUGCGGCGAGUGCGGCAAGAGCUACCGGCACGCGGGCAGCCUGGUCAACCACAAGCGCUGUCAUCAGACGGGCCACUAUCAGUGCACGGUCUGCUGUAAGCAGUACCCCCACUUGGCAGCACUGCACAGCCACCUGCGAAGCCACAAGGGGCGCUCCGCCAACCAGCCCCCGGGCGACGGCAAUGACUGGUUAUCUCCGGAGCCGCUGACGCUGGACUCUCAGCAGAGCUAUGUGCAGGAGAGCAGCGGCGCCGCGACGCCCAUUUCACUGCCAGGAAACCUCGCGGACCCCGCCCACUUCGGACCGGACGGGGGUCACGGCAGCGCUUUGGAAUCGCUCGAGUUCCACGACCGCUUCGACGGAGGCUCCUCCGCGCACCGGCAGGCCGACCGCCACGUGUGCGCCGACUGCGGCGAGAUGUAUGCUGACGUGUCUGGUAUCAAGUCGCACAUGUGCCCCCGUCGUGGUCAACCGCCGCCACAGCAGCAGAGUAACAUGUCGAAUGGUUUCAUAGGCAACAUAAACUAUCACAACUCCAGUAGCAGCUCAAUGGCCUCGGGCAGUCUGAAGGAGGGGAGCAGUCAGCGACAGUACGCCCUGACCGGCGGCAAGCGGAUGGGAAACGCCGACAAGGAUGACGACGACGACGGGGAAGUCUACCAGUGCUCCGUGUGCGGGAACCAUUACGCCAGCCUCCGAGCCCUGCGCAGCCAUCUGCGAAGUCAUGCCAAUAAUCCCUCCGGUCCCGGACCGUCCAGCCUGGAGCAGGACUGGAGGAUGAUCUGCUCCACAUGUGGCCAAAGCUUCUCCAGGAAGCAAGACCUUCUAAAUCACCAACUCGUCCACGGUCCCCUGAGGCCGGACGGCCAACAACAGGGCAUCGGCGGAUCUUCAGCCAAUGGCGGCGACAAGCUGGAUGGGCGCAGCCACAUUUGCGUAGACUGCGGCGUGUUCUUCGCUGACCGUCACCACCUUAUCACCCACCUGUGUCCCGGUAAGAAUCGGGCCAGCGCGCUGAGUAAGCAGGGCCUCAAUGGAGCCAAAGGGAUGUCCGGAGGAGAGGGCAUGGGCGGCGGGGUUGCGGGCGGAAGUCGUGACGUGGCGGGGAACGGGCGGCGGGCGAUGGUAGACCAAAGUGACAAACCCCACAAGUGUGACCAGUGUGGGCGAGGCUACAGACACCCGUGCUCCCUCCUCAACCACAAAAAGUCCCACAAGACAGGCGUGUUCCGCUGCUUGGUGUGUCAGAAGCGUUACUACAACCUGCUGGCCCUCAAGAACCACCAGAGGACCCACUUUGACCUCAAGAGGCACAAGUGUGAAGAAUGCGGAAAGGCCUUCAAGAUCCAAAAGCAGCUGAUUAACCACCUCCGUCUCCACGAGGAACACCGGGCCAAAGGUCUGGUCCGGACCGGCCCCAACGGCUCGCGAUACCAGCAACCCGGUCCCUCUCAGAUGCAGAGCAUGCGAGGGGAGUCGUCGAAGGGCCCCGCGAUGGGCGUCAAAUACGCUCACCAGGGCUUCAAGAAGCCCUACUCGUCCGCAGGAACGUCCAGGCCCCAGAAGUUCGACCCGGCCGAGAGCGGGCGGCGGCCUUUCGCCUGCGAGGAGUGCGGCAAGACGUACCGGCACGCGGGCAGCCUGGCCAAUCACAAGAACCUCCACAAAAUCGGCGAGUACCACUGCAACGUGUGCAACUCCACGUACCCCAACAGGCUGGCCAUGAAGAACCACCUGCGCCUCCACUUCGCCCAGAAGAAGCACAACUGCCAGGAGUGCGGGAAGGGCUUCCGCACCCAGCGGCAGCUGGCCACACACACCACGGCGGGCCUAUGCAAGGGUCCGCAAGGUCCGGGGGCCCAGAUGGACUUCGAGUGCGACGGCUGCUGCGAGGGCUUUUCGUCGGCCGAGCAGCUCGCGGCGCACGACUGCCCCGCCCGGCACCUGCCGUCCUCGUCGUCGGCCGGCAGCUCGGCCGACGUCGGCACGGAGAGGAGCUCGGCGGACCCGGACUCGGACGAGAGGCCUUACGCCUGCGACCUGUGCAGCUGCGCCUACAAGCACGCCAGCUCCCUGCUCAACCACAAGCACACGCACAAGACGGGUGACUUCCGCUGCAACUUCUGCGACAAGCCUUACACCAACUACAUGGCCCUGCGCAACCACAUGCGCAUCCACACGCAACGUAAGAAGCACAUCUGCCACACGUGCGGAAAAGCCUUCCGCCUGGCCCGCUUUCUGCGCAACCACCAGAAGGUCCACGAGGAAGGCGCCACCCCCUUCGGCUGCCCCGCCUGUGGGAAGAGUUUCCAGGGGAGGUCUGGCCUGGCCCGACACCGCUGCGGGGACAACCAGGUAGGCGUGGAUAUCAGGAGGAAGACGGCCGGAGCAGCGGGAGAGGCCGACGAGUGUCGGUACACGUGUGACCAAUGCGGACGCUCCUACCGCCACGCCAGCUCCCUCCUCAACCACAAGAACACGCACACGCUCGGCAUCUAUCACUGCGCCGUGUGCCUCAAGACCUACUCAAACCUCCUGGCCCUCAAGAACCACCGUCGCAUCCACUCCGAGCUGCGCCGCCACCGCUGCCACGACUGCGGCAAGAGCUUCCGGGUCGCCUCGCAGCUCUACAACCACCGGCGGGUCCACCAGAAGCAGCGGGAGCUGACCUGCGCCUCGUGCCGCCGCGCUUUCCCCACGCAGGCCAGCUUCCGACUGCACAUGGAGAUCAGCCACGGCCAGGCGCCCCUGCGGCCCCCGCCCCACCGCCACCGGCCGGGCCGGGGAUCGGGCCUGGACCUGACCUUGAUUCAAGAGCAAGGCGCGGACGGCGCCGCUCGGGCCCGCGGACGGCAGGGGGCGCCCAAGGCCCACGUGUGCGACCAGUGUGGCCGCUCCUACCGCCACGCCAGCUCCCUGGUCAACCACAAGAACAGCCACAAGACCGGAAGCUUCUUCUGCAACGCGUGCCACAAGCAGUUCCCCAACCUGAUGUCCCUCAAGAACCACCGGCGCAUUCACACCGAGCCCAAACGCUACCAGUGCCCCGAGUGCGGGAAAUCCUUCCGCGUGUCCACGCAGCUCAUCUGCCACCGCCGCAUGCACACAAAGGAAAAACCCUUCACGUGCUCGCAGUGCGACAAACGCUUCUCCUCCAAGUCCAACCUCAGGCACCACAUGAAGGUCCACUGGGUCGGCAACCCCGCGGCGCCGUCCCGCAGGGCCGCCGGCCCGCCGCCCGACUUCGGGGACGUGCCGAGCGGCGCCUUCAUUUAAACUCUGCGCGCUUCCUGUUUGCCGUGCGCCACAGACAAAACGGAAACGCGAACGCAAACGGGCCUCGGCCGCCCCGCUGGAGAAGACUUGCGUGACGGACGGGCGGAGCUAAGGGGAGGGGAUGGGGUGCGGCCUUUGAGGGGGCGGGACUUUGCCUGACUUUGCAUAUGCGCCGCCCCCCCCCGGCACCCGUAGCCUCUGCGAUUGGACCGUGCACGAGAUCGUCGGCGGCGGCGGCACGGGAUCGGCCGGUGAGCUGUGCGUGUCCUUUGGGAAGCUCCGCCUCCUGAUUGUGUAGAAUAGUUAGUGUUAAUGACGACUUGUGCACGCGUGUAGGUGUGUGUAGUAGCGGCAGCGCUAGUGUGUAGACGUCUUUUGAGCUGUGAUGAACCAUAAUCCUCGUGGCCCUGCGCAAAAGGGACCUUUGUAUUUUCUAGCAUAGCUUUUGCAGUAUUUAUUGACUGGACGCUGCAGCUCUAGUUAGCGUCGUGACGGUAGCGCGCGUGCGUUUCACUGUUGUUUGUCCGCUGAGUUUGAGGUCCUGUGACUUUUCUAACGUCUUUUUGAUAAUUUGUUAACGUUAAACUGCCGAGGACUGAAUAGAAAUGGACGACAAACGCGCGCGACCUGACACUGACGCCGCGCGUUAGCGUCCUGUCGACAAACAUGGACAAAUGUUCGAAGUUACCGAUCAUCAAAAGAGGAAGAUGAGCGUAGAACAGGAAAUGGAAUUGUGAGGUAAAGGAUGUCGCCUCCCAGGAGAACGCGCGUCCUUAACGUUCUUGGUUUAAUAUAGACUGUGCUUCUUUUUACACUUGUAUGAUCGUUGUACGCAUGUCACUUUGUAUUUUGUAUUCCGUGUUUUGACAUCGAACUCGACUGUAAACUUCAUUUACACGCAUUAAAAGACUUGCACAAACGCGCGAGAGACAACAAAUCCAAGUCUGUCCUUUCACACGCCUCAUCAGUUGUCUGUCUUGGCCGGCGACCAUUAUAGCAAAAAUAAUUGGGAUUAUUUUCAUCGAUAUUGAAAUGAGGAUUAUUUUCAUUAUUGAUAUGGAGAUUAACAAACACGAUUCAAUGAUUUCAGAACUUUGUAUUCAUUCAACUACCAAAACUCCAAUUUAAAAGAACAACCAGAAGACAAAUUGGUAACAAGUCAAGUAGUAUUUUAAAAUAAUAGCAAAUCCGGACGGGGUUUAAAAAUCCAAAUCUGCUGUUUCUGUUGUGUGCGCCUUGGCCUUGAGGUGGCAGUGUUGUGCGGUAUAUAGCUACGUUAGGCUAAAACGUCUUAGAAUUCGAUUAGAUACGAAUAGAAGCAUGUGAGUGUUAUGUCACCCGCAUGCAUGUGUUACCACAGCGUUCGUGUCAAUAUUUAUUUCGAGCUAAAUCCCUCCCGCGAUCUAAUAUGAAUUUUUGCUAGCCUGUCAAUAGGGGUUUACCGUUGAGUGUUGGCAUUAAGCUGUCGAUCUUUCCCAAACACAGUGCAUCUUGUAUUUAACUAUAAAAUGUGCGCAAUUGUUUUAGUUGUGCGUUUAGUUUUGCCGUUAACGUCAGCUUGCGGUGUCAGGAAACAUCUUGAAGCACGCUUGGCGAGGGCAGAAGAACGAACAUCCGGCGCCAGGUCGUGAGACGACAAAAUCGAAAUCCGGCACGCUGCGUUCAAGGUGCUCUCGCGGGGCAGGAACUUCAUUUGGCAUUUUCCUUCAAUUUGAACGUUUCGAUGAUCUUGAGAUGAGAAAAAUCAAAGUGACGAUGAAAUUGCAAUUGGUCGCACGGCCUUAUGGUUUCGUCUACAAGCGUGACCUUGGCAUAACUGGUUUAACUCUCUCCCGGUUCACAUCCUACCUCACCGACAGAUUUCAUUACAUCUCCAUAAACAACUGCGCAUCCCGCUCCAUGCCAGAAACGCACGGUGUCCCUCAAGACUCAGUGCUCGGUACCCUCCUAUUCAUUGUUGACACGCUCCCCCUUGGACACGUCGUUCGCCACCACGGACUUCAAUUUCACUGCGACGCCGACGGCACCCUCCGUCAACAAAUACACUCGCCACUGCCACACACUCUGCCCUCACAAACCGCCUCGCUGCGAUAAUAUCACGGACGACCACCGACUUCCUCCAUCUCAACGGCAAUAAAUUGCAAACGUAUCAUCGUUGGUCCCAAAUCCCUCCUCCGCUCAAGACUUCCCAUUCUCCACGAAUGGUCACAUACUUACCCGCUCCCCACCUCGGUUUCAUUUUCGACGCCACAAUCCCCUUCCGACCACCCGUCCGUCAAGUCACCCAAACGGCCUUCUUCCACCUCCGAAACAUCACCCGCCUUCGUCCGUCCUUCUGAAAAUCGCCCGCUGAAGCCCUGAUCCAUGCCUUUAUUUCCUCUCCGCACGCGCGCGCGCACGCACGCACGCACGCACGCACGCACGCCUGUGCCUCUGACUCACCACAAUCAGUUCAAAAACAGUUAAAAACAUGCGGAACCUUUCAACAGGCGUUUAACCACUCCACUCAUUUGUUAAUUAUGACUGUUUUGUCUGUAAAGUGUCUUUGUUUUAUGAAA